UAAUUGUGUUGAUGUGUUGGACGUAGUGGGCAAUUUAUGCAUUUUUUUUUUGUAUUACUGCGAAGUUAAAGACAAACUGAAUGAGAUAUUAGACUAAAACACACUCAUUUGUUUGUUCUUUCUGUACUAUAUUUCAUUCUAAACUUAUGCAGAGUACUCGUGAUUUAAUGUAAACGGACACACUGACAUGUCAAUAGGAGAUACAUUCGUUAUGAUUUCUCUCAGCCUGCUAUAUUCUGUGAACGUGAAUGUUAUGUGCUUUUGUUUUUAGAUACAGUUCAAAGUGAUCUGUUUCUGUUAUUAAUUAAAGCGAGGCUAUUUUAGGCUCUGAACUAAGGUUCAUUGCUUUAAGAUAAAGUGUAUCUUGUCAUGCAUUGAUAAAUUUGAUAUUUUUGUUCUCUUUUAAAGAGAAUAUUCAUCUGACUUGAUAUCUUUAUUGCUCGUCUACAUAAUGAGACAUUCGCUUGUUUUUUCAAUGAGACGGAUGUGUUGUUAAAAGCAGAUAUAAAUGCUUCAGAAGUCGAGACAUGCUUGAUAACGCACAAUACUCGACCUACGACAAAAACUAUACCUACUCCACAGUUCUGCCUAGGAAAGCUUCCGGAAGUAGCAAUGUAGUAGUCCAUCAUGGCGCCGGACCAGACAGCUCUUCGCGCUCUAAAAUCACCGGAAGUAACGUCAUCAACGUGUCUCAGCCAGAAGUGCCUUAUGUUUCCACAGUGCCUCACAUACAGAAGUUCAGCAAGAACAUCGUCAACACCAACGCCUUCGUCAGCUAUCACUUGGACGACGAGACUGGAGGCUUGAUUGAGACAGCUGUAUCCCCCAACAGAAACUACGUGACGGCCAGAUCUGUCAACAGCACGCAGGACCUGCCCGCUAAUGUCAACACGGACGCCAACAUGAAUCAGACGAGGCACGACUACAGCGAGGUCUACCCGAAGCGUUAUGAGUAUACCACUGCUACCCUGGGCAGAGGCGACGCGUAUAGGCCUGCGUACAUGAAGAAUGGCAUGUUUGUACCACGAGCGAAUGAGAUUGUGCAUCCCAAAGUCAUCGGCAGAUUACCCGAACGAUCCUUUUCGGACCCAUACGUGCCUCAGUUGUCCAAAAACACCCGUGAUGAUUCCGAUGUGGAGUUGCCAAGAGGUGGUAGGAAGUCACCGGACGGGUCACCUCGAAGGUCCAGAAAUGCUCAAAGCCAAGAAAGAGAUAAGAAACAUAACACAUUGCCUAGAAAGGGCGUGUCCACGCUUAGCAACAACAGUAGUUCUACGCCAAGAGAAGAGAAAGCGCCUGCGAAAGUCAAUAUGUUGUUGAAGAUGAUAAAACAUGGAAGUGGUAGAAGGUACAAGAGAUACCAGUCUUUAGAGGCAGGGGAUGGGGAACUACGUGGAUCAGGUCCCACCGACCGUCACGUGGUAAGCUCUUUGUUUGUCACUAUUCCUGGGAGUAAGGAUGGAAAAACACUGGAUGCCGAGAAACGAAGUGCGAGAAGAAGAAAGAAGCGAAGUCGCAAGUCUCGAACCUUGCCUUUCAGGUACCGCAGCUUUGAUUCAUUGGCUCAGCUCUACACUAACAGUGCGAAAUAUCCGUUUAUACCAAACUCUGGGUCUCCAGAUGUUGUAUAUGUCGGCCAAGAUGGCCAAUUGUAUGUUCCGGAUGUUACCAACACUAAAGAGAGUAACUACAACUACAACGGUAAUUACAUGUAUUACCCCAGCAUGGACAUCUUUAAUAUGAUGAAGCGGGCAGACGAGGAGGACGACAGCAGCGACACAUCCAGCUCGUCCAGUGAUUCUUCCGACGAAGAUGUUGCUUCUUUAAUGGAUAAAGAAAUUCUAAGGCAGACAAGAUCAGGACGUUCAAAGAAAAUGAGCUCCUACAGUGACGGGGAUGAGAAACGCAGCAGUUCAAAGAAUGCUAGUAGGCUAUCUAGAAGUGCAUCGUCUAGGAAACGCAGAGAACAAAGGAAACGAACGAGCCGUCGUCAUUCGGACAGGAGUGGUCGCUCUAAAAGUUCGGAUUCAAAUGAUACUAGUGAAAAUGAAGGGGUGAAUAAAAUGACCAAGGAAGCCGUGGAUUCUUCUCGCGCGAAACUUAGGCAGCAAAAACCUAAGCCGGUUGAUCAAGUAGGUUCAUCAAAUGUAGCAGUGCAUUCAGAGAACCAAAAUACACUUUUACAACAGUCAGGGUUUGUCCCUUCUAAUCCUAUUGAUAAUAAUUUUAUUUUGUCUCCUAGCACAAAAUUAUUUCCCAACGUGCCUAACCCUUACCUGGGCUUCCCUUCUUCCACCACCCCUGGACCUAUAGAUCAAAUUUUGAGAAACACACAUUUCAAUCUUGCUUCCAUGAAGACCUAUCUUGACGCUAUGAGCACUUCCUUGGCCAAUAUACCUUUUCUGCAGCCACAAUCUACUUUACAGCAACACACAGACUCUUUGGACCGUGUUGAGUCCCAAGACUUUUUUAGAAGCUCCUCAGGACCACAAAGAUCUUCAAUUCACAGCCGACCGCGAAUGACACUACCUCAUGAAGAGGAAGUUUAUGCAACUGUUGACUCCGCAUCAACUAUUACGGAUUACUUGGUAGACCAGAAGCCUUCGCAGGGUAAGAAAACCACAUUCAAUCGAAACAUACGAAACGAAGGAACUUUAGAAUCGAUUGGCAAUAAAUAUACCAGCCCUUACGGUGCGGAUGAUAUAAUCGCCAAAGGAACAGAAGUCAGAGCAUUUGUGACACCGCCCACUAGAAGAAAGGUCUUAAAGAAAGAGCAUCGUAGUACAAGUGAAAUCAUUGAUAGGCAUCUCAAAGAGCUUGUUAAUGCGAAAACGAAUGCAGCUGUGCAAACGGAUCUAGAAAACAAGGAAAGCAUACCACCAAACCAGCCACCAAUACCGCCUCCAUUACCGACUUCAGAAAGACCAAAUAGAUUGUCGCUUUCAAACUCUACGCAACUUAAUCAAGGAUUUUUACGACAACAAUCAGUUCCUAAAAAUUCUGAAAUCCUGACUCCCAAGUCCCCGCCUGCUACAUUGCCUAAACCACGAUGGUUUAGUAUCAAACAAAAGAAAACAGAAACAACGGAUGCAAAUGGGAACACUAAGGUCUCAUCAAACGAGAACCAGAAUAUCAGCAAUGUCCCAGUAGGGCCAAACGUUUUUGCAGAUCAGGAGCCUUCUCAUACAGUGAAAGAUCCCCAGGUGUUAUCCAGCAAUGGUAACGUUGAACAGACUAGCUCGGGUACUGUUCACCCUGCAGCAGAUUAUGAUGUGUACCCUAGAAAAAUGGUGUCGAUGUGUAGCAGAGAUCUCUCCCAAUUAGACCACUUCAUUCAGAUAGACCGACCAGAAAGCGCAAUGCUGUACAAUCCCAGCUCACUUUCUCGAUCACGUCAACAGAGAAGCCAGUCUCCAGGACUAAAUGUAUACCACACAAUGCCUUACCCAUCCACAUAUCGUACAAAUGUCUCGCAGACCAUGACAAUGGGAAGAAAAAGUUCUACUCGCUUUCCGCCAACGCAGUAUAAAGCAAACAUGCGAUUAGCUUAUUCACCUCCUUCUUAUAGAAGAAACAACUUCAUACACACGCUUUCACCUCGUUCGCCUAGAAAAAAUCCUUUAGCGUUGGCGCAAUCGUCUCACUUGUCAAGAAACGACCAGAUGCCACCGUCCUCUAGAAAUGAAUUCACUCGACCCAUAAAUUCGCCUCAGUCACAAAGAAAAGAUCUAGUGACAUAUCAUUCCCAGCAACCCACAAAAGGCAACAUAUCACAGAUACAUUCGCCCUACUCGCCUCGAAAAGAGAUAUCCUAUUCUAGAACUCUUCCUCCCAGAAGCAAAGCAGAAGAUGCUAAAGACUUUUCUUCUUGGCAUUUCUAUUCCCCUACGCAAGAUCGAAGCCCAGAAAAUCAGUCGCAGGUGAGAUCGCCUAUGGCAAAGGUGCCUGGUCAAAGUCAGCUAUACUCUCCUUUAACACCAGGCAAAAAUUCGCAACUGUGGCAACCUUUGGAUUUGGCACAAAGACCAUGGCACGAUAAAAGACCGCAGCAAUAUUCACCAAUGAUUCAGUCACUCGACUUAAGGUGGGAAAAUUCACUGCCUCUCAUGUCACCAAGAACUUACUCGUUAGAACAGUCCACACUGCUACAAAGACGAGCACAAACUCAGCCGUCUACGGUUCAGAAGUAUGCCUCUGACGUUGAUCUUCGUUCUCCGCGAGACAUAAGCAACGAAAGAGUAAAUCAUCAAUGGAAACCACCCCCUUCUCCAUUACCCACGUACAGUACUUCGCCAUCACCGCUACCCUUUUAUUAUUCGCAAAGCAAUCAACUUAGAGAAUCUACACAAGAUACACCACGCAGCAUGUACCUACCACCCUCUCAGCCAUUAUCCCCGAGAUAUCAACCUUUAUCCUCUAAUCAUGAAUAUCAGUUGAAGCCACCGCCGUCUCCUUUACCAACCUACAGCACAUCACCAUCACCUGUCUUAGAGGUCAACGCUCAAGUUAAUCGAGCUAAUCCUCUAGGGGACCGCAUUGUCGAAAUUUCCACCAUGCCAAUGAGCUCACCACGACCUCCACUUCGUUCGCUCUUGACAUCGAAACAUGUUGCUGUAGACCCCGAGGGUGUUAACACUGAUGUGAUGAACAGUGAAGCAAUAACAGAGUUCCGUAAUGUCCCGUAUAUGGUGUACAAAGGAAAUCCCUUAUUGUUAAACGCAGGCUCAAAUAAUGUUGACAUACUAGGCAAACAUUUACCAGAAGGACCCAAUGAACUAUCUCUUGUGGUGCAGAGCUCCGAGCAAGCUACCUUUGAUAGAACGAUUGAUGGAUAUUUAUUCUACAGAGGUAAAAGUGUGUUAGAAAACCGACGAGAAGCUACCAUGUCUCCUGUAUCAGAGGGACCGUAUAAUAAAUCCGUGGAAAUGAUCAAUUCAUCCCAAAAUCUAGCAUCGCCACCCCAGAAAGAAAUUAACAACAAUGAUUUCUGUGCAGCUGAAUCCAUCCCGCAAAUGAAAAACGUCCCUAUUCCACCUCGAGAUUUCGAUAGCGACGCCGAUGACUCCGAGUACAUGUACACUUUAAAAGGUUGGUCCAAGUUAGCUAAAGAAAAGGCCACUACUGUGAUGUAUUGUACUCAUGUAACAGAUCGGAGCAGCGAACUCUUCCGUAAAAAGCACGAGAAAUUAGACGUGACCCACCAAGAGUUCAGUUUUCUCAGCAAGUAUUUCGACGACUCUGUUCCGAAGUAUAAAGCUAGAAGCUGUAAUUUUUUAGACUUGCAGAAUUACUUGCGCGUCAUUCCUAGUCAAGAUCUAGCAAAGACAAGCUCAAAGUCGAUCCAAUCUUAUACCGAGAAUAAUUAUAAGUUGCAUCAUUUCACAUAUACAAUGGAAGAGAAUACAUUUCCGAAUAAGUAUGUGGCGAAUGAAGUCUGCUCUGAGGAUUUAUUAACUAGCCACGAGGACAGUGUUAAUAUAAAUGAUACAAAAUGUGAUACGGACCUGACUUUAAAAGAUUUUACUUCCUGUAGCUACACUGUUGUCAAUAGUAGAGAGAGGGAUGAACUUGAAAUGUCUAUUGGAUAUAGUAAAAAAGCAGUCAGUGAUCGAGUUUUCAUGAAAGAAACGUUCGAGAUGAGGCUGGACCAGGAGGCCAGGAAGAUUCAAUCUCGCGCUGCUGUCAGGCUGCAGACACACAUCCGGAUGUUCAUAGUGAAGAGGAGACACCAGAGGUUGAGGAAGGGAGCUCUCAAAAUACAACGCAUGGUGCGGAUGUGGACAACCAGAUGCAAGUUUAAUAAACUCAGGAAUGGCAUUGUACUGGCACAGGCCCAGUUUCGCAUGUUACGGCAGAGAAGAAAAUAUCUUAAAACUCGUGAAGAAAUACGUACACGUCUAGAAGAACACAAAUUAGCCAGGAAGAAACAAGAAUUACAAGAUAGAAUUGAUAAAGAGCGCAAGGAGAGGCAAGCACAAAUGAUGGCUAGCAUUGCCAAUUUGGAUAUUCCAGGAGAGCUGGCUUUAGUCUACAGCAAAAUUGAUGAUUGGAAUCCAAGCCACAAUGGUCAGCAUAUUAUUACCAGCUCAGUUGAUGUCAUGGCAAUGGAUAUGGGCUACAAGCUUCCAGUUGACAUCAACUCCCAUGCUUUCAGUAAAUACACAAGCAUUUACUUCAAGAAUCACUCUUUGGGUGUGCAGGUUGAGCCUAUCAAAACACCACUACUACCUCUGCAAGGGGAUGAAAACCCAGCCAAGGCACUAGCUGUUUUUAAACUGAUCUUGAGGUUUAUGUGUGAUACACAUAUGAGUGAAAAGAAAGAAAAAAUUCUUUGUGAUUUCAUUGUUCAAAUGGGUCUGAAAUAUGAGAGUCUGCGAGAUGAAAUUCUUUGUCAAAUAGUCAACCAGACAUGGUUGAACCAGAACUUGGAGAGACUAGAGAGGUUAUGGAGACUCUUAGCCAACUGUCUGUGUUGUUUCAACCCAAGUCCUACGCUAUUUAAAUACCUGCUCAAGUAUGUCUCUGAUGUAGGAUUGAAUGGUUACAAAUAUAUCUGCCAGCACAAAAUAUUACAGAGUGCUUACAUGGACCCACUUUUAAGUCGAGUGUAUCCUCCAACAUUUUUAGAGUGGCAAGCUAUUCAGCGGAAGGCAAACAUAGGACUUGAAGUGAAAUUUGCUGAUGAUGUUUCCUUUAUUGGCCAUGUUGAGUCUUGGACUUCUGGAGAACUAUUUGCAUCACAUCUUUGUAAACUAAGAGGCUUGCAUGAAAAUAGCCAGGGAUGGACUGUGAGAUUGCAUGAUGAUGCUGAGUACUAUGAACUUAUGGGCUAUGACUAUGUCCUUGACCUUGUGAGUGAGAUGGAAAUAGCUCCAGGCUUUCCAACCUGCAAUGCUUAUUUCCUUGUCUCAGUGGACAGAAGUAAAGAAAGUAUUAGAAAGAAGGGACAUGAAGGGCCUCACAAUGCUGAGAAAGAAAGAAUAUUUGUAUUACUUGGCCCACUGCCCGAAAUGGUGAAAAGAUCAGUUCCAGUCACAGCUGAGAAAGUUGUCCAAAGAAACAGCAGUAAGAAGAUACAGACCAGCAAUGUGGAAGAUGACCUAGGAUUCUCAACCACAAGUGUCCUGAACCAGCGUCCAACAGAGAUCAUUCCAGUUGGAUUGUCAGAGAACAGUAAAAUGAAUGUCAGGUACACUAGCCGUUCUAAAGUGAAUGGUGUCAACGGCAAUGUUAAUGGUGGCAUGUCUGUCAUCACUGAAAGUGAUGAACUCAAUGGCGACCUUUCAAGAAAUGUACUGAAUUCUCGCUACUUUCCAGAUGGAGAAGUAAAAAAUUUGGACACAAGUGACCUCUCUAAGAGUGUGCUAAAUCAGAGAUACAAUAAAAAGAGUUAUGUGGCCAGGGGGAAGUUUGGUGUGCCAGGUCAAAUAAGCCGCCGUCAUCUCAGUCCAAAUGGAGAUGAUGCUGGAAAUUCUGACAAUACUGAUUGGUCUCAUUUAGUAGAGGACAUUUUCAGUAGUGCACUAAAUGACCAUGACGAACCAAAUGGAAGAAUUCUAGGUGGUCGGAUCAAAGGUGGUGGCAAUGGAGUACCUGGUUUUGAAACACAGCAGCCAAUGGCAACAGGUUUCAACUUCAAUCCAAUGCUAGGAAUAAACCCUCCUCCCUUAAACUUAGCUGCUGGCCCAACAAUACAACCAGUGGGAUUGAUAGGAGCAGAUCCACUGCAACAAUUAUCUGCCCAACAGAUGGCACAGCAACAAGCAGUUCUUCAAGCUUAUCUGGCACAGCAACAACAGCAGCAGCAGCAGCAAGCUUUUUAUCAGGCAGCUUUACAGCAGCAGCAGCAACAACAGGCUCUGCAGGCCUCACAACAGCAGGCCCAGGUAGCUCUGCAGGCCUCACAACAGCAAACUGCUGCAUUGAAAACAGCUCUACAGCAACAGGAGCUGCAGAACAAGCUACUCAAGCAGUCUAUAGAGCAAGAAGUCCUCAAGCAUCAGUUGCAACAAGUUCAGAUGGCUCAGCCAAUUAUUCCUCAGGCUUUGCCUGGUAUAAUUCCACCAGCGAGACCAACAGUCCUUCCCAGUGUUCAGCCAGUCAUUCCUCAAGCUCCAAUGAGUCAGUUCAAUGCUCUUAGUCCAAGCUCAAGUUUCAAUUCUGGCUUUAGUGCACUGGGAAUGCCCAAUGGUAAUGUCACAGCUCAAGCCCAUAUGAAUGGAACAAUACAGCCUGAAGUGGAGAGCCCUAGGAAGGUUCAGUUCAUCAAGUCAAAUUUUGAACAUCGUCAACAACCAGAAGUUAAAUCUCCACCUCCAGUAGCACCUAAACUAAACAGAACACCAUCUCAAGCAACAGCAACAGGGGCCGUCACUCGCACUAUCACAAUCACAAGUACAUCCACUGCUGAUGUCCCUGUCAUGCAAACCUCACAGGCCCCACCCCUUCCACCGCCAGUCCUCCCCUAUAACCCUCCCCCACUUCAUGGUCAGUUCACAGUGCCACCUGCUCCUCCACCACCCCCACCUCCUCCUGUAGAGAUAGACAGAGAAAGAGGAAAGUUUACCAUCAGGGAUAAAUCUGGUAAAAUGAAGACUGUCAGGAUUGGUAAAGUUGUUUGGCCACCACCUGUGGAGAAGGAAGAAAAAAGCAACAUUCAGGUUGGAAAAUUGGAAAUUGAUGAACAUGUUGCCAGUAACAUUGAGGAUAGAAUAUCUGGCAAGAAAAAAUGGCAAAAACCUACUUCUCCAACUGAUCCACAGCCCAAGUCAAUUCUGAAAUCAGGGGAGACUAAGAGAACCAAAUCUUUGGUUGAAACUUCCCAUUUUAACACAAUGAAGUUACUGGAACAGAAACUUGGAGGGGGAGUCAGUCAAGAACCAGCACCCAAAGAAAAUGAUAACCUAUAUGAAAAACAGAUUGUGAGAGAUGAACCUCCACCUUUACCUAAGAGUGCCCCACCCAAAAAGAUCAUUAAGACCACAACUGAAGUUAUUGAAACAAAAGAGAUGAAACGUAGCUCUGGUGAUUAUGCCAAACGUAUUGAGCCUCAAGACGCAUCACUGUACAGCAAGAGAAUUGAGCCAGACCAGAGACCACUGCCACCACUGCCGCCUCCUGAGGAGCCCAAACAGAUAAUUGACUAUGCAGCAUUUGAGCGUGUAGUCACUGAACUCUAUCCACAGAAUAAAAAGUUCUUCCUCAUGUAUAGUAAGGUUCCUUGGACACUUCAAGUUAGAAAGGAAGUUUUCUGGCCUUCAGAAAAGUUAGAGAAACCAUUGACUCUACAUUUGAUUUAUUGCCAGAUAGUUAGUGAUGUUUACAACCUGGCAUGUGUCCGCAUCACAAAGGAACAACGUAUCAAGAUGAGAAGCAUGUUAGAGGGCCACGGUGUAAACCAGCACAAUUACUUAACUAAAGACUUGAAACCUCAGAUCAAGAAAGUUAUAGUGGACACAGCCAAAGAAUGGCCCACAUAUUUUUGCAGGCUUUUCCCAAUAGCUGCCAGUGGACAGUACUCAGGGGUGAGGUACUUAGGAGUUAGUCAUACAGGUUUACGACUGAUAACAAGAGAGAGAAACCUGGUGGAUGAUUUCCUUUCAGUACUGGAAGAAAUCAGAUUUGAAGAUGUGAUAGAUGUUGUCCUGGUGAACAGCUCUACACUUCAGUUGAAUCUCAGGACCAAAUCUUUGAUUUUCCAAACUACCAGAGCCCAGCAGUUGAAGGAUAUGGUGGACAGGUUUUGUCAUGAAAGUGAAAAGGGAAAUAAAUAUGUGGUUGCUGUCAAAGAUUACAUAACUAGGGAGUCAACUUUGCUCAGUUUCAGUAAAGGUGAAAUCAUCAAAUUGAUGGAUCCAGAGAUGAAAUUGGAAAAUGGAUGGCUAUAUGGAUCCUUGAAUGGCAUUGUGGGAUUAUUCCCAGCUGAGUAUGUCAGCCCAUUAGCCAGACAUGAAGUGGAGACAUCUAGCUCUAAGCCUGUAUUGUAUCAGUCCAAUAUGAUGAAUGGUAUUUCAAGUCAUGGAGCACUUAGUAAUGGUUUUACCAGAGACCCUUAUAUUCAGGAUGACAAAGAAAGUGAUACGAGUCAGGGAACUGUUGUUCAAGAUGGUAAAUAUUCUAUGAUGGAGUUUGCUAUGCUAAAUUUCAGGGAAUCUUUGGAAAAGAAAACUGACUUUGGAAUCUCAAAAGGUGGUGCUGACUGGUCUUGGAAAGAACAAGCUGAUCUUGUUAAAUGGACAAGGUCACCCAUUCAGGCAUCACUUUUGAAAAUGACCUCACCAGAUUUAAAUAAAUUGGCUCUGGAGUGUUUUAUAGCUAUAAUGAGGUUUAUGGGAGACUACCCCAUGGGAUCAAACAUGUCUGACUUUGAUUGUGCCAAGAAAAUUUUGAAGACUUGCCACAAGUAUCCUCAGCUCAGGGAUGAGAUCUUCUGUCAGUUAUGUAAACAAACUACAAACAAUAGAAGUAUGAACAGUAAGAGUAAAAUCAGGGGCUGGAGGUUAUUUGCCCUUGUUGCUGCCUACUUUGACUGCUCAAAAGAAUUGAAACCCUAUUUGUUUAAAUACUUGGAGACAACUUCAACAGAUACUAAUCGCACAUACAACAAUGCUGCUGCUCUCUGCCUUAAUAAUCUCCGCAAGACUUUUAAAUAUGGAGGUCGUAAAGAUGUGCCUCUCAAAGAAGAAGUUAUUGCUCUUGCUGAUGGACGAAACUGUAAGCGCAUACCUUUCUUCUAUUCUGGUGCUGAUACUCAUGAAGGAAUGCUUCAAAUAAAGUCCUGUACAGUUGUUGAAGACGCCAUUGAAGAAGUUUGCAUAGGUCUGAACAUCACUGACCCUGUGGAGAUGGAGGAGUACACUUUCUUUAUCCGAACAGGAGAUGGAACAUUCAGUAAGCUAAACAGGUCAGAUUACAUCUUAGAUGAAACAGCCUAUCACAUUCGUAGACAGAUGCCUUUUGACUUCAUCUUCCAGAGAACAGUUUGGUAUUUCCCUUUGAAACAUAUGAACAAUGAAAUCUAUGUGGAGAUGAUGUUCCAUCAGAGUGUGCUGGACUACAUUGAAGGUUUCCUUAUUAUCAAAUCUGGAGGGAAACUGGCCAAGGAAACAGAAGUGGACAUUGCAUACCUUGGUGCUCUCUUACACAGGGCCAACAAUAUGAUUGGUACACCCACAUUGAAAGACCUUGAAGCUUUGGUACCUAGAUUUGUUCUUGGCACUGAAGCUAAGCCACAGCACUGGCUUAAUAAAAUUCAUGAAAACUUAGCAGGUGUCAAUAGAAUGACUCCACCAGAAGCUAAGGCAAGAUUUAUAGAUGUUUUGAAAAGAUGGCGGCUGUUUGGAUCAACAUUCUUCCAUAUCAAAAACAUUGCAAACAUAAGUAAUGAAUCUCUGUUGGCUGUCAACUACGAAGGUAUUUCCUUCUUGAGGAAAGACACUCAUGAAACAAUCAGGAGCUAUAACUUUGGUGAGAUAUUGUCCACUCGCCGUUACAAGAGUGAUGCCAACGUCAACUACCUGGACAUGAAGUUGGGAGACUUGAUGGUCCAACAAAUUCUAAGGAUUGAAACUGAUCAGGGAUCAGAGAUUUCAGAUUUGAUUGGACAAUACAUGCAAGUGAUCAACAGGCACAGAAAGCGCCAAGACAAGCCAAUAGUGAACGGCCAACACUGAUAAGUACUUCCAAUCACAUUCGAACAUCAUAUAUUUAUAAAUAUUUAUAUUGACCUUUUGUAUGUCUGAUUUGUACAUUAACUCAUUGUAUUGUCUCUAUAUUUAAUAUCUUAUUGUUUACAACUUCAGAAUGUCAAGACAAUAGACAAUGCCUUAUUAUUAUAGUAAUGUACAGUUGUUUCAAAUAUUUAUUUACUUGAUGACAUUGAGCCACUGUAAAUUAAAUGUCAAGAGUUACAUGUGAUGACUUUGAGCAUGUGAAAAAAAAGAUCAUGCUGAAAACAAUGUGUUGAUUUGGAAAUGAGUACAAGUCAUUUGGUUCAUUAGAAACAAAUGUCAAUUUUGUUUCCUACAGUUUAAAUGAGCAUUUUUCUGAGCCAUGACCAUUUCCUUUCUCUUUACAUUUGAUGACACUGCCUUUAUUAAAAAUCUGAAGCUUAGAGGCACUGUCAGAGAUUGAAGCUUCAAAAUGCUAGAAAUAAAGUUUGUCAUUGUUUGUGUGCAUGUGUGUGAGAACUUUGUACUACAUUCUUGUAUUGUAUAGUUAUACCUUUGAAAUCAAAACUGUAUAUAGCAUGUAGUAAUAUUAAUUUUUUUUCAUUCAAACUACAAAUAAUUCUUGCAACAUGUAUACAAGUAUGAAUAAAAAAUUACAUAUUUAUAUAAAUGAUUUGCCUCUUUAUCUUGUCUACAAAAAGACAAGCUGUUUAAUUGUUAUUGUUGAUACAUUUAUUGUUCAACCAGCUCUCAAAACAAGGCUGUGUUAAAUGUAAUUUAAAGUAUAGCUUUGCAGAUAUCAGUGUAACAUAUUUUUUUUUGUCUUUUGUUUUUAUCUUAUAAAUAUAUUUGUUGAUCAUUGUAAAUACAAGCAAUAGACCUGACCUAUACAACAUGUACACUAUUGUACACCUCUUUCUAUAUUUGCAACUAUACAGAUAAAUGAUUCUUUCAUUCAAAUUGUAACUAUGUUUACAAGCCACAUUAUUUCUUAUUAUUAAAGACUUGUUUUAUUGUUUGGUCAAGAAUAUUUUGGUUACAUCAACAUAUUUUCAGUGACAUAGUAUCAUAUAUCAUAAUUAUACAUACUUUACAUUCUGCGGUAUUAGCUCAGCUCUUCGCUACAUUCCUAACUUCCAGUAUUUCAUUGAAUGAUUUAUAUGCUGACUACUCACUUUCAAUAUUGGAAUUUCAUUCAUAAGGUCAAGUCACUGAAAAACAUUUAAUGCCUUAUUUUUCUCUUUGUUCCAUUAAAGUAAGGAAUUUAAUGGAGUAGAAAGUCUAAGUUUUUAAUAUUCUUCCCAUUGGCCUAAAUUUGAGUGCAUUUACUUUUGAAAUUAUGCUCUCAGUGUUCAUUUGGCAUGCGUGAGCAUGUCUACAGUAUAUAUAAUAUUCCUAACAUUGGUGUCUUCUCACAUUGACACAAGUAUCACACCAAUGCUAAGAUUAAUUUUUUUUCUAAUCUUCUUUCAGAAGGAAAUUUUUUUUUAUUGUUCGUCCAGUGAUUCAUUUUCCUUUAAUAUUUAAGUUGAAGUUUGGCUUAUUUUUUAGAAUGUUACAACAAAUGGUAUGGAAGGAAUGCUGGCAAACAAAUGUUUAUCUGAAUCUAGAGACUGAGUUCUUCCAUCUAAACCAAAUAGUUGACUUAUUCAUAAAAAUUGUAUAUUAAGUGUUGUGGUUGACUACUGAUUAUAUAUAUAUGUAUAUAUAUAUAUUUAUGUAUAUAUAUAUAUAAUUUUUGUUUU